CAAGGUUUUCGAUCCCGCUCCUCACUUUGCGGAACCCUAAGAACCCUAAUUCCCCACUUGAUCACUCUCCUCCUCUUAUCUUCUUGUCGCCUCGGCGUCGGCCGAAAUGGUGGGAAGUCCUUCCCCGGCCGGAUCGCCAAGGACCGUCUCGUGCCGCCGUUCCACCUCGAGCUCCCCGGCUGCGCCUACUGAAGGGAAUUCCUUCAGUUGUGACCAUGGGGAUUUGUUACCGCGGAUACUGAGGUCGUCUAAGGCGCCUACGGAUACUUCUGGCAGUCAUUCCUGCGUUUCCCGUCGGAAUGCGAAGCAUAGUCGCCCGCCAAAGGCACCGAAGCUCUUGAAAUCGCCCGUGCUUGGCUCGGAGUGCUUAUCUCCGUCUGGAAAUGGGGACUCCGAGAUGCACUCCUCUAAUUCGGUGGUUCAGGAUAUGGAAAUCGGCAUCCCUCCCAGCUUUCUUCCGUUCUCCAACAAACCUGACACCGGAUUGGACCGCGCUCCUGCCAACAACCAGGGUUACGAGGCCAAUCUUCUGACUUCAGACGCACAGGAGGUUGAAAAUGACGACUUGCUCGACUCACGGUUGACAUCUACAGCUGAAAACUCUAUCUCAAAAGCCGAAGCAAGCAUGGGUGAACUUUCCAUUUCCCACAACUUUGAUGCUUCUUCUGCUAACCAAGAGGCUGUCGAGCUUGCUGGUUCUUCGAUGAAGAGGCACAAAUUGUCAGAGCCAUCAGUAGAGUCUUUGGAUAGCCUGCAGCGGAAGCCAUCUAAGAUAUCAGGAUUGGCUAGCCAUGGGCAAGGUCCUGAUCCAGUGAGCAAUUGUGAUCGAGAAAAUGGUUUUGCAGUUCAUAGGAAACGAGAAAAUGGCAAAGGCGACUUACGCCAUUCACCAAGGCUAUCCUCUGUAGAUAAUUCUAGUUCAGAUACUACAGUGAACAAUAGUGUUCGCACUGUCAAACAUAGGCAUAAGAGGUCAAUUCAGAAAGGCAGAUUAAGGUCACCAAAGAAGUUUGAGAGUAGCGAGGACACUGAUAAGUGCUUCUUUGUUGGGGAGCCCAUACCCGAGGAGGAAGCAAGGGAAAGGUGGCCCUAUCGCUUUGUGUACCAGGACAAGAACCCAAAGAGACAGAGAAGUGCCUCUAGCAUUGAAGAUGAUGAUGAAAUUCCCCUUGAUGUUAAAUGGCACUACAUGCAAGCAAGCAUAUUGGGGUGUUUAUUUGAUAUUGGAGAUUGUGCAUAUAUUAAGGGUCCUAUGGACAAGCCCAAUUAUAUUGGCAGGAUUUUGGAAUUUUUUGAAACAAAAAAUGGAGAUCACUACUUCAGAGUGCAAUGGUUUUUCAGAGCAGAAGAUACUGUUUUGAAAGAUCAUGCUGCAGGCCAUGAUAAAAAGAGGCUUUUUUACUCUGAUCUACAAAAUGAUAACUUACUAGAUUGCAUUGUCUCUAAAGUUCAGAUUACAGAAACUCAUGCUGAACCCUUGGAAUCUAAAUCAGUUCCUUCAUGUUAUUAUUAUUAUAACAUGAAAUAUUCAGUGGAUUAUUCUUCAUUCUGUAAUAUUUGGAACACAUCUGGCAAUAUGAGUAGCACUAUGAAAGAAUCUUUUGCAGGAAAUAUCAAUAGUGAAUCAUUGGAAAAGGAAGACCUUGCUGUACUAGACCUAUAUUCUGGUUGUGGUGGAAUGUCAACUGGGCUUUGCCUUGGAGCAGCGAUGGCUGGGGUCAAACUUGUGACAAGAUGGGCACUUGAUUACAGUGAGCCUGCUUGCAUCAGUUUUAAGUUAAAUCAUCCAGAAACUCAGGUUAGGAAUGAGACUGCUGAUGAUUUCUUUAACUUACUGAAAGAAUGGGAAAAACUAUGCAAAAGGUAUAAAGUAAAUGUUUCUACAGUAAGUGAUUCUUGCUCAAAAACAUCCAAAGUGAAAGAUCCUCCAAGGAAGUCUGGCUCUCAGUCCAACAUUUCAAAAGGUGAAUAUGAAGUAUCAAAGAUAGUUGACAUUUGUUAUGGAGAUCCUGCUGAUGAAGGAAAACCUGGAUUAAAGUUCAAGGUUCGCUGGAAAGGUUAUGGCCCUAGUGAAGAUACCUGGGAACCAUUGCAGAAUUUAAGAAAUUGUGAAGAACUACUAAAUGAAUUUGUUUUAGAAGGAUUCAAAUCAAACAUAUUACCACUUCCUGGGAGUGUAGAUGUGGUGUGUGGAGGACCUCCAUGUCAAGGAAUUAGCGGUUAUAAUAGGUACAGAAAUUUCAAUGCACCGCUUGAUGAUGAAAGAAACCGACAAAUCGUGGUCUUCAUGGACAUAGUACAAUUUUUGAAGCCUAAAUAUGUUUUAAUGGAAAAUGUUGUGGAUAUACUGAACUUUGCUGACGCUACUCUUGGGCGAUAUGCUUUGAGUCGUUUAGUUUCUAUGAGCUACCAAGCUAGACUUGGGAUCAUGGCUGCUGGUUGUUAUGGUGUCCCUCAGUUUCGUUUGCGGGCCUUUCUGUGGGGAAGUCACCCCAAAGAGAAACUACCUCCAUUUCCAUUACCAACACACGAGGUGAUUGUGAAGAAUGGUUGUCCGCAAGAAUUUGAGCGCAAUCUUGUUGGGUAUGAUGAAGGGCAGCCACGGGUGCUUGAAAAGCCCCUUCUUCUCGAAGAUGCUAUUGCUGAUCUUCCACUAGUUACACAUAAAGAAGAAUGGGAUGAAAUGCCAUAUGGGAAGAGUGCUCAAACUGAGUUUCAAAAGUUCAUUCGGACACCAAAACAUGAAAUAUUGGCAUCUGCACAAAAACGUCCGAAGGUAUCACACUCUACUUUGUAUGACCAUCGCACGACGCCGUUGGGAGAUGAUGAUUAUUUGCGAAUAUGCCAAAUUCCACGGAGAAAGGGAGCAAAUUUUAGAGAUCUUUCAGGUGUCACUGUUGGUCCUGAUAAUACUGUCCAGUUCGACCCCAAAAUUGAGAGAAUACUGCUACCUUCUGGGAGGCCACUGGUUCCAGAUUAUGCCAUGAAUUUUUGUCACGGAAAGUCAUCAAGACCUUUUGCUCGGCUUUGGUGGGAUGAAAUAGUACCAACUGUGAUCACUAUACCAAAUUUUCGUUGCCAGGCAAUGCUACAUCCUGAGCAAGAGCGAGCACUUACCAUUCGAGAAUGUGCAAGAUUGCAAGGUUUUCCUGAUUACUACAGAUUCCAUGGGACAGUGGAAGAAAGAUAUCGCCAUGUUGGCAAUGCUGUAGCUGUUCCAGUAGGUCGGGCUCUUGGAUAUGCUUUGGCUAUGACAUGGCUUAGAAAAAGUGGAGAUGGACCCCUGAUGACGCUGCCACCUAAGUUUGCAUUCUCACACACACUUCAAGAUCUUUCUACAUCUACUAACAACCUGCAUUGAACACUUACCUUAAACCCUACUGCUAUUCUUCAAGAUUCACUUGAUCCUAAAUCUAUAAGGUGAGAUCGCCCCGGUAUUGUUCUUGUGAGGGCCUUGUUUAAUUUAUUUCAUUCCUUUUCAAGCUAAAUAAUGCUCGGCAAAAUCAACUUCGCAUCUUAGGUCCCUCAUUGACUCAUUGUUUAGAUUUGUAUCUUAAUUUAGAAAUUGUCCUCUGAAUUAUAAUCCACUCAUUUGCCCUGAUCCACCCUUUGGCAAGUCUAUGCCUCUUGUAUUUCCAAGCCAUCUCCAUCGUGGUUGCUGUUCUUGCACACUGGAAGAUUAAUUUAGUUAUGAUUUUUUAGCCAUUUUUUAAUUGCUCAAAUCUGUAUUACCAACCAACGUGUCAUUUGCAUUGCCUUGUUUCAUGAAACACGGUGCCAAAAUUUGGCAGCUGAUCAAAAAUUGCAAUGUUAUUUAAAGAGUUGGCUGUUGUAAACUGACUGCAUUUUUAUAAUUUCCCAGGAAGUUGGAGCCGCAA